AGGGCUCGGAUUCCGCGCGGCCUUAAACGGCGGACGCAAUGAAGCUGACUUUGUGCCUCGCGGCCCUUUGCAUCGGAUCCGCCACCCGGAUCCGAACGGGGCGAUGGGCCUGCGAUGGGGCGGGCUGCCAGUGCAGGUGCGCUGCGCUGGCCCAGAUGGAGACUCCCUCCGCCGAUGACUUGGUGCUGCCGCCCGAAGUGCCCCCACCGCUGCCACCGAUGCCUCCACGGGCACUGCCACCCAUACCUAGCUACACGCAGAUGACGGAGGAGGACUUGCCCACCUUGGGGCCGCCGCCGCCUAGCACUACCCUGGCCACCACCUUGGCACCUCCGCCGCCGGGGUUUGCAGCGGCCUUGCCAGGGGCGCAUCAGGACUUUCAGGCGGAUCCCAUGAAUGGCGGCUUCGUGCAGCAGGGGGACCUGGACGACCACUACUACCAGUACGUGCCAGGCAGCGGUUACUUCCGCAUGGAGUCCACGGAUAGCUCGAAGGUCCAAGUGGCCAAGACCGUGGCCUCCAGCACUGCCGGCCGGGCCUCCACCAAGGGCUGCGAAUGCAUGAAGGCGUGGAGCUACAACGGGAACCUCUGCUCCAACUACUGCUGCAACCCAGACAACGAUGCCUCUGGCGCCUGGUGCUUUGUGAAGGACAUGAAUUGUCAGCAAGACAGCUGGGGGCCAUGCACGCCGGUGCCAGGGAUGCCGGCCCUGCUGUCGGUGAAUCGAACAGCGGCGUCUCUGCCGACCCGGCAGGACACGCAACGACACCUGCGCGCAAGCCUGCUGCAGAGCAAGCGCAAGGUUGGCAGUGAGUGCGCGUGCUAGACAUCACAAAGUCCAUGCGUUUGGCGGUGAGAAACGCGCCGGCUCUUGCAUCCCCAUGAUGGCAUGUUGUGCCCGAAUCCGGGCCAAUGAGUGAGGCA